GGCAAUACUUGACCACAACCCACUACUCGCCAUCAUCCGGUUCGUCGUGUGGCGACUCCGUGUCGACGAUGGCCACGCCGUUUUCCACACCACGCUACCCCGGUGCACCCAACCCAACCCCACGAAGCACUGGCAAGCCACUGCGGCCCCCGAUCCACAACCCAUACGACAAGUUCACCCAACCUCAGUUCGACGCGUGGAUUAACGACAUCACCGGCGCGUUGAAGCGUGCUUUGGGCCGCGACGAUGGGCAGCCAGUGCCCUUGCACGCUGCAGACCGAACCGCCGCGGAGGAUGAUGCGGAGGGCGUAGACGAUUCGUUUGCGGAAGUUCGGGCCCGCCGCUUGGCCAAGGGCAAACAGCGCGCGCGAGACGAGGAUCUCGUGGACAAUGGCGCACCCGAGGAGCACUACGGGGAUGAGAGCGGAUGGGGCGAGACGUACUCCGGACAGGACUACAGCAGCGAGGAUGAGGAAGGGGAAGAGGAGAGCGAGGAGGACGAGGAAGAGGAGGCGCCAGACAAGCCCGAUGCAGAGGUCAUCGAGCUACUCUCGGACGAUGAGGACGCCAGCGGAGAGGAGCGGGAUGGUGAGGAAGAGGACGGCGAGACGGUCGCCGGACCAGCGCCGGCAUAUGACGAAGAAGAGGACGAAGGUGGCUUCGACGAAGGAAUUGUCGAGGACGAAGUAGCCGCGGACGUGGAUGAGAUCGUCGAGGAAGAGGAAGACGCUGCAGAAGAGGAUCUUGAGGACGAGGAGGAUGCUUACAAGGCGCAAUGCGACGAAGACGAGGACGAUGCCCACGAGAACAUUCAUAGUAGCCCCGCCCACGAAGUGACCGAAGUCCUUGACUCGGACGAAGAGGAGGCGGAGAGUGAACCGUUCGCUCAAGGCCCCGUCAUGCCCGCUCGUUUCCUUCGAAAGCCUGACGUUCUCACUGGCGUGCAUGUCGAGCUGGAUGAAGACCAGCUGGGUGAAGCAGCCGAGGAGGAGCAGAACGAGGAAGAGGCCGAACCCUUCCCUCCGCGAACCGCUGAGCGCGAAGAGAUCGACAUUCAGGACCCUUGGCAAGGACCCAGUAUCUAUGCCGAAGACUUCUACUCCAAUGGAGACAUGCCAAGUGACGCCAUUGAGCAUGGGGGCAAUCCUCACUUGCUCCCUACUGAAGAGGAGCCAAACGAACUUGUUGCAGAUAUCGCCUUGACACCGGAAAUCCGCGAUCCUUGGGAAGGCCCUCGCACAUAUGCGGAGGACUUGUACGCAGGCGGCGACGUCCUACCAAACCCCGCUGACGGUGUAACGCCGUCUCACCUCACUCCUCGAGACGACGGGGAAGUGUAUAUCCCCGGUAUUUCGUCUGUCCGGCCCUCUGCGCCUCGCUCCCCUGGCCAGCAGCAAGACGUUGUCGACCUGGACGCCGAACAGUGUGCACCCUCGCCUCAGGUUGCCCUGGUCACGGAACGUGUACAAGACGAGACGGAGCCGGAAUCUACGGCUCAAGACGCCCAGGAGCCCGUUGACGAAACACCUCGUUCGCCCUCACCUCCAUCGCUCAACAAGCACGUGAACUGGAACUGGCCGCCUGCUUUCCCAGGCCGCGUCGCGAGCGGCGCAGGUCACCUCACUGAGGUCGACGACGGGAUUGUGGAGAUCAGCGACGACGAGGACGAGGAUGACAUGGCCCCGCCCGACGCCAGUCAAGCUGAACCCAACGUCAGGGAGGCGAUCUCGGCGGAGCAGAUUCCCUUCGGAAGUGCUUCUGACGGUCCGGGUUCGCCUUCGAUGCCAUUCUCGCUGGGCUUCGAGGAGCUGUACGACAUGGACGCUGGGGCUGCUUCAUACUCUGCUUUUGAGCCUGUUGCGAGCGCGGCAGACUUUGGAGACUUGCCGCCUAGUCGGGAAGAGCGGCAUGAAGGCGACACUCUCGGUGAAGAGGCACCACCAGGUUCUCUCAAUAGCACCACAGGUGUAACGGGCACGGAGGAGCACGUGCUGGCUUCGGAGGAGCGUCCGGCCUCCGCGCCUGGACAGCCUUUCGUGGAAGAAGUCGAGGAUAUGGAGGGGUCGCUCCCAAAACGGAGUGCUACAGAAGAACUUGAUGUCGUCUCCCUUCCUGGUGACGACAUCGAUGUGUCUACGAGAGAUUACUUGAUUGAGGAAGUCAGCACCGAAGGAAGGCGGACUGAGGAGCCUGAGGCCGCCGUUGAUGCUGCUGAUGAUGCAGCUGCGGCUGCCCCUACUCUGUCGCUCAAUACAGAGGGCGCGACAGUCGGCGGAGAGUACCCUGCUCCUGUCUCGGCAGAUCCCACUGUUCCCGAUCCUACGAGCGUCUCACACACGCCCGCCUCCCCAGUGGACUCGAUCGCUUCCUCUUCAUACGACAAGGAGCUGGUGGAUUCGAAGCCUGUCUAUGCUGCUUUGCUCCCCGUGAUUCGGAAGGGCACGAGUGCGCACAGUGCGAGUGGGCUGUUCACGCCCAUGACCGACGGUCCUUCGGGGUCUGUCACACCAGAGCACCUGGAAAGUGGGUUGCCCCAUGCAGAAGCACAAAUUGCUGAAGAGCACGCGGAGGCACCUGCUGAACCAGACGUUGUUCCCUCGGUCGUUGAAGGUCCCGAAACCCCCGCAGACGAAGAACCAUCAGUGCCCGGUCUCGAGGGUUCUGCUGCUCAGGAAUCCGUGUCUCAAGGAAUGUGUACAGAUGAAGGAGACGAUUCUUCCGCACUCAUCUUUGAGCCUCAAGAAGCUGUGACUGCUGCCCCUGCACAUGAGGAUCGGCGCACGUCGCCUGCAUUUGACGCAGGCGCCGAUGCCGAUGCGGACGCCGACCCGGAAGGAGAGCUUGAUCUAGAGUAUGACCCUUCAGAAGGAGCCGAGGAAUCUUCCGUCGCUGUCGCGGAGGAGAUCAUUCCUGCUGCCCCUAAGACGGAAGAGGAUGAUCCCUUCGUUGUCAAGGAGGAUGCAGAAGUCCCCCUGGCGGAGGAUGCGGAGAGGGAUGACAAAGCAACGUCCGUCUACAACGAGAACGCCGUCAAAGAGGCCGCCGUACGCCAAGCAGCUGAAAAGGGAGCGCCCGAUGCUUCCAAUACGACGGAAGCUGACCAACGCGAUGAGGGCAGACCUUUGAAGCGUAAGCGGAAGUCGCCCCCUGCAGGACCGGUUCGCAUCACACGUUCAAAGACGUCUGUGUCAGGCCUCGGCCGGUCGCAGCUUGUUGCUCUGGAGAUAAGCCCCAAGUCACGGAAGGGCAAGGGGAAGGGCAAGCAGCGCGCUUCACGGGAGACCGACGAUGAAGAAGAUGCGGCGUCCGUCGCUCAGAGUUUGAUCAGUGAAGAAGGGUCAGUCGCAUCUUCCAUUGCAGCGCAGAAUCUGCUUCACGAGGACGGCAGUCGCGAAUCCUCCCGUGCUUCGUCCGUGGUCUCAAAUGGGCUAAGUAUGUACUCCGAGGCCUCGCCCACUGUCGGACGGACUCUCCCGAACAAUGGUAACCGGCUCGUAUCCCUCCCGUUCAUUCAUGACAAUGGUGUCUUGCGCCAUAAUCACGGCGGACGAGCUCCUGUUCCUGUCCUACCCCCUCCGCCACCGAAGCGUCAGCUAUCACUGCCCCCCGCUCCUUCGUCUCGCGACAGUGUAGCCUCAUCUCGCAACGGCGUGGCUUCGUCUCGCGACAGUGUGGCUUCGUCUCGCGAAGGGUCUGCGAAGCCUUCGCCUCCGGCCACUCAACCCCCAAUUUCACGGCCAUCCUUUACCCCCUCCACUUCCACUCACUCACCUGCCACGCGCUCCAACUGUCGUUACCACACAAUCAGCCUACCACGUGAAGAGGACGACGAGCGUCAUGUUUUCUUCGCCGUCCCUGGCUGCUCUUUAAGCAAUGCUGAGCUCAUGGAAGAGGAGAACAUCAGGGACCACGGUCUGACCCGUACGGAUGAGUUGCCGAGCAAGAUCACUCCUAUCGAAGAUCUUAAGAUCUCUCCCGAACUCAUGGCCACCCUGCGACAGCUCACUGGCGUCGACCUCUUCCGCGAGCAAGAGGUGAUCUACCUCCCUCGUCCGGGCGACAACAUCGUCCCCAAGAAGCGGCGGUUGCGCACGAAGCUCAUCCAAAGGGAGUCCAUCAGUGCCCGGACACUCCCUUCCAAGGAACUUUACAGUGCCAAGCAGACGACCCACAAAGCUCCGCUCUCGCAAAUGUCCGCAUCGACGUCUGGGGGAUCUGCCAGUGUUGCGGCCAAGCUGUCCGAGCGCGGGAGCGCGUCGACUAGUGGCGGGUCGUUCUCCGGGAGCGACCUUAGUGACCUGGAAGAUGAAGACGAGAGACCCACGAAACGCUCCAAGGCAUCGCCUCCCGACCCGGACCCGGACGCCGGCGAGGUUGCUCAGCCCGGAGUCGAGGAAGCUGAGCUGAUGGCGAACGGGGAAUCUUCGAAGGAGCCCCACGAGAAUGGGAAGGCCGAUGAUUCAGCCAGCGUCACGCGUCGUAGGCGGCAAUCGCGACGUGCCAGGAAACUCAAAGUCGACGCCCUUGCCUUCAAGCCAGAAGAAGGCCAGAGUGACGGAUCGGAUGAGGAAGAGGGCGCUGAUACACUGAAGAAACGCAGACGCGUUAAGAAGCGAGGCGUGAAGCGUACCAGGACGGAGGAGAAUGGGGAAACGCAGGUCGAUGGCGCUGUCCCUGAACGACCUAAACGACGCCGCCGGGGAGAACAGGCUGCGAUGGAGGCUGAGGCGCCUCAGUCGUAGGCGUGGUUGGGACACUGGUUGAGAAGUCUGUUCAAUCACAAAUCGUGUAUAAUCGUCCCGCUUGCCAUACCGUGCUUACCACUUACUACUCAACAGCUUGUUUUAUUCCCACCUGAUGGGUACUCAGUGAGUCCUUACAGUAGGGAAACCUCAUCGGUGAUUCGAAGCUUUACUGCUGAUAACGUGACUGUUGCAUGGACGGUUUGCUGCGCCCAGUGGCAUGGAUGUGGUAAUGCCCGCAGCUGGAAGGUGACAACUGGAAGACGGUAGACGCCAUACUUGCUCAUUUCUUGAACUCUGUUGCCAUUACCAUCACCUCCGGUGUUCGACGUUCAACGUUCAACACCAUCGUCGCCUCUGAGAUCUGAACGUCGUCUCUGAAUCACGUAGUUUGCAACACCUUCCAUUCGUCGUCUGAGCAGCGCUGAGUUAUUGCUUCGCUUCAAUUCUAUUGAUCUGCUUACGAACAUAUCAG